UUCCGGGUGUCAUUGCAUUAUAAGCAUGAUAAGCCAAUUCUCUAAAUCUACUCAAUUAGACAGAUAUCUCGCUAUCUUUUGAACUGUCCAUUCGAUUAGGUAAUUCAAUCAGUGGCUUUUAAGGUGCUCCUGGAAGAGAUAUCCCGUGUAAAAUGCAGAAACUUGCUGUCUUCGGAGGCACCGGAAUGACCGGGCAGUGUGUUGUGGAUCAUGCGCUGAAAAAAGGCUUAAAGCUGCGCCUCCUCGUCCGGGACAUGAAGACAGUGCCCAACACCUUCCGUGACAAGGUGGAGAUCAUUAUGGGCGACUGCACGGAUUACGCCAAGGUUCUUGAAGUAGUUCAGGGCACUAAUGGUGUGGCUGUGGCUCUGGGCACCAGGAAUAAUCUUGAGCCCACCACUGAGCUCUCUGUCGGCCUGGAGAACAUCCUGAAAGCAAUGAAAGAGGCAUCGAUCCAGAAGAUCUCCGUGUGCUUGUCAUCAUUUCUCUAUUUCGAGCCCGAAAAGGUGCCCACGAUCUUCGAGCACAUCACUGAGGAGCAUCGGAGGAUGCUGAAUCUGCUGAAGGCAUCAGAAUCCGAGUGGAGAGCUGUUCUUCCUCCUCACAUUGCUGAUGAGCCUUCAGCGGAGUUCCAGGUGCUCCAGGACAAGUCUCCCGGACGCACCAUAUCCAAACUGGACCUGGGGAAGUUCCUCGUGGACUGCCUGACGCAGGAGCAGUACAUCCGGCGCGUCCUCGGCAUCGCCACGGUGAAGAGGAGCUAAAUCAGUGUCCGGAAGAGAGUGAAUAAAUAUAUCAUGUCUCUGUA